AUGGCGAAUAGAUUAAAAUUUUAGAUUGAAUUUAAUGACGAUAUUCCUCUUCCUUAAAUAAAUGAUUGUGAAGAAAGUAAACGUUUUGAAGACCAUUAUCAAUGCCUUCUCACUUUAGGUAUGAUAUUUAUGAUUAUUUUAUUAUAGGUUAAGGAGCUCAUGCUAUAGUUAAGACAGCAAAGAAAAAAAGCACUGAUGAGAUCUAUGCUGUAAAAAUAGUUAGAUCAGGAGAUUAGGAAAUUCAAAAUAAUGUUAAAAGAACAUUUAAUAAUACAAGAUGUCUCAAACAUCCUAACAUUGCUUAAGAUAUAGAACUUUAUAUCAAUGAGAAAUUAGAAACUUCAUAUUUGGUAAUGGAAUAUUGCAAGUUUCCAAGUUUAGAAAGUAUUAUUAAAAAACGAGCUCUCACUUCUGAAGAAUUAAAAGUCAUGAUAAAACAACUUCUUUUAGGAAUUCAACAUGCACAUUCUAAAGGAAUUUGUCAUAGAGAUUUAAAACCAGAUAAUAUUCUAGUCAAUUUAGAUGAGGAUAGUUAACCUCCUCAUGUUAAAAUUGUCGAUUUUGGAGUUUCAAGAAGAUUCUUAUCAAAAGGAUAAGAAAUUGAAAUGUUAACAAAAACUGGUAAUAUUUUUUAUUGUGCACCAGAAAUAUAUCAUAAAAAUAGUUAUUCAAAAGAAGUUGAUAUAUGGGCUAUAGGAGUUAUUACUUAUUAAUGUAUAUUCCAAAAAUUACCAUUACAUUCAAAUGAUAUAUAAGAUUUUAUUGAAUUAUUAGCAAAUCCAAAUUAAUGGAGAUUUUAAGAAUAAUUAAAUAAACUUGAAUAACCAUUAUGUAAUUUAAUCAUGUAGAUGUUAAAUCCAAAUAAGAAUGAAAGAAUAACUGUUGAUGCAGCUUUAAAACAUCCUUUUUUUGAAAUUAGUACUAUUUAAGAUGUUAUUGCUUUUUUGAAUAAAUUAAAUAUAGUUUAGGAUAAUUGUGGUAGAUGUAGAUCAUUACAAACAAGUCUUAGGUUUGAUGAAUAAUAGUUAGGAAAUGUUAUUCAUAAAUUAUAAAGUAGUUAAAAUGAUGAUAAAGAUGAUGAAAUAAUAAUAAAUGAUUUAGUUAAAAGUUUUAGUAAUGUACAUAUUCUUUAAAAACAUGGUGAUAAAUGUGGUUUGAUUUAAUUGAUGAAUUCAAUUAGUAGUAGCACAGCACUUAUGAGUAAAUUAGGAUCUAAAUAAGAAUUACUUGAUAAAAGUUGUGGAUUAUAAUUUUGUGGUUCUUCAAGUAUUAUAUAAUUAUAAUUUAGAUUAAUUGGAUAAUUAAUGUAAAAUUUAAGGUACUCUAGAAAUGAAAGAUGAUUAAUUAAAUAAUAAUAAUAAAUUUCUUGCUUAAUUAGGUGCUCAUUUAGAUUGUAGUAUUGAUGUAAUGCCAAAUGAUGGUGCUUUAAUAUAAUCAAAAUAUAGUUCAUAAUAAUAAGAUUUAUAAGGAGUUCUUAAAAAACCUACAAGUUCUGACAAAAAUAUGUUUGGUGAUCUUUAUAUUAAAGAAGUAGAUGAAAUAACAGAAGAUUAAUUUUGA